GCUUCCUGUUCCGGCGCCAGGAGGAGCCGCGCGCUGUGAGUGCUGGUGCUGUCGCUACUGCCGUCGUCAGUCAAACUGCGCUCUCUUCUUCGGCGCUUUCUGUCGGAUCCAUCGUUGCUUCUAGACCUUGCUGCGGGCUCGGAUCUUGCCGGGAAAAUGUCUGAUGAAUUUUCGUUGGCAGAUGCCCUACCUGAACACUCUCCUGCCAAAACCUCUGCUGUUAGCAAUACAAAACCUGGUCAACCUCCCCAAGGCUGGCCAGGUUCCAACCCCUGGAAUAACCCGAGUGCUCCACCUUCUGUGCCAUCUGGACUCCCACCAAGUGCAACACCUUCCUCUGUGCCUUUUGGACCUGCACCAACAGGAAUGUAUCCCUCUGUGCCUCCCACUGGACCACCUCCUGGACCCCCAGGACCCUACCCUCCUUCUGGACCCUCAUGCCCCCCACCUGGUGGUCCGUAUCCAGCCCCAACUGUGCCAGGCCCUGGCCCCACAGGGCCAUAUCCUACACCAAAUAUGCCCUUUCCAGAGCUUCCUAGACCAUAUGGUGCACCCACGGAUCCAGCCACAGCUGGUCCUUUAGGUCCAUGGGGAUCAAUGUCUUCUGGACCAUGGGCACCAGGAAUGGGGGGGCAGUAUCCUACCCCCAGUAUGCCAUAUCCCUCUCCAGGGCCAUAUUCUGCUCCUCCUCCUACCCAGGCUCCAGGGGCUGCACCACCUGGUCCAUGGGGCACUGUGCCACCAGGCGCCUGGGGACCACCAGCACCAUACCCUGCCCCUGCAGGAUCAUAUCCCACUCCAGGACUCUAUCCCUCUCCCAGUAAUCCUUUUCAAGUGCCUUCAGGACCUUCUGGUGCUCCACCAAUGCCUGGUGGCCCCCACUCUUACCAUUAA